CACACACCUGCCGGACGGUUAUAUUUGUCAGCUAAAGUUAUAGUUAGCCCUAUACUUCUGCAAGGAUAUCUUGUACCUGACGUCCUUAGACAACCAGGGUCGUGCAAGGCUUGAUGAGACAAGGUUUUGAUAAGAACGACCUAGAUGAAGGACGAAAGCUAUUCAAGCGUGCAGUCACUCCAAGCCAAGCUGUCGUGUUUCGAUGUGCCAGAAACGUGUUGCGAUAUUCUCGACCUUUAGGCUAAGGAUGGAAUAUUUAGUCAGCUACGGUUGUGUUGGCUCCUGUGUAAUUAGUGAUUUAUUAAUGAAUGUGCUCAGUGUGGAUUUCUGGAUAAUUGGGACUGUUUCGUAUUUUACACGCUGAAAUGUUUGCAUUAUAGCAUCGUUGACAUUGUGUGGGUGUUGUUAACUAGCUAUCUUUAAUGAUGAAGUUCAAUUGACUAAAGUGAUUUCUUUACGUGGUGUUUGAGAAGGUCAAUGAAUUGUCCACAUUUUGAAUUGAGCAGUAUAUUUUUGAAACGAAUCUUGAUAUUUCUAGUACAGUGCUGACAUCAACAUGCCUAUAUUUACUGAGGUCAAGAAACAUACGAAUGCUAUUUCGUCCGUCCAAUGGUUUGCUAGUUGGAAGGAAAAACUUUACUAUGAUACUGUUAGGAAACAUCAUCUUUCAGCAAUGAUUUCAAGCCUAUAACUAAACCGUCAACGUUUUACCUGUAGAUUACCAGCUAGCUGAAACGACAUAUUCAUAAACAUCCAUCUGAGACCUACAAGAGGUCACAUAUUUCUGGUAUUUCUCCACCCUUAUGUUUAUCAACAAUCAAUCUCUGACCAUGAUCCUACGCUCCUUCAGAUACAAAUGCUACAAGAAAGAAAUCAUAGCAGAGUUCGUGUCUCUCUUCAUGAUCAUCACCGUCCUCUACGUCAUUAUAACCAGCACGGUCCCAGAUACUAAACCCAGUGAAACUCGUAUGGAGUUUGUUCCAUACCAGACAUUCCUUAAAGGCCGCCAUCAAAACCCUAAUCUAAAACGUCGGUUGAAGCAACACGUGACGGUGAUUCAUCAAAGAGCUAAUCCACCGGAUCAAGUGGAUACAUCACAAGCUUGUAUCCAGCCUACUAUGGAUGUGAAGGAUCCUGUCAUGAUGAGAUAUGUCAAGAGACAGGGACGGGCGUCUUGUUACGGCAUGCAACAGAACUGGGUGUUUGUAGACAAUCGCACUGUCAGAUUUGACAUGUCCAUCAUUAAUCAAUACGGUUUGUUUUCCUGUAAUUAUUAUCCUAUAGUCCGUGAACUUGGAGAUAAUAAUAUUACCUACGGUAAACCAAUUCGGUUGGCGAGGAGCGGAGUUUCCAUGACGUCGAAUUUCUUUAAACUCAAAUGUCAUUCCAAAUCUCAGAUGGCGAGGUACGAGAACAUCCACGCUGGAGUUUUCUACAACGAAACAAUCCGAGAGAGAUUGAGGACUACAAAACCUCCAGCUAAUGGUCUUGGGAUGUCUGUAGCUGUGAUGGUGUUUGAUUCCAUGUCGAGAAUGUCUUGGCUGCGACGUAUGCCAAAAACCAGAGACUACAUGGUUAAAAGACUUGGUGCUAUAGAACUCAAGGGAUACAAUAUUGUAGGGGACGCAACUACUGCUGCUAUGAUUCCUAUACUGACAGGCAAGCAUGAAAUAGAACUCCCAGAAGCCAGAAAACAUAAGGCUGGAUCCAAGCCUGUUGACAACUUUCCCUGGAUUUGGAAAAGUUUUCAGAAAAAUGGUUACGUCACUUCUUGGGCCGAUGCUGACAUAGACAUAGGGCCGUUUAAUUUACGCCUACAGGGAUUCGAACAUCAGCCGACUGACUACUACAUGCGACCAUUCUAUCUGGCCGCCUCACCAACGUAUCGAAACUACUACCGUUUCUGCCACGGCUCAGAGCUGCAACACAUGGUCUGGUUCAACUGGUUACGUGAUAUUUUCUACAUGUACAAACACGAGCCCAAAUUUCUCGUCCAUUUCUACUCACCUCUCAGUCAUGACGACAACAAUCUCAUUACUAUGGCCGAUGACGAUCUGAAGAACUUUCUGGAGAACCUGGAGACCGGAGGCUACCUGAACAACACACUUCUGCUUGUGAUGUCAGACCAUGGCUCCAGAUUUGCUGACGUCAGGAGGACACUAUCAGGCAAGUUGGAGGAACGUCUGCCUUACGUCAGUCUGAGGUUUCCGCCUUGGUUUAAAAAGAAAUAUCCGAGUCUGGUCAAAAACGUGAAGACAAACGUCAACAGACUGACCACGCCUUUUGACUUGCAUGAAACUUUCAAAGACAUUCUCAGGUUUGACGGUGCUGGUUUGGGGGACGUUAUGAAUAGAGGCAUCAGUUUAUUUAAGGAAAUUCCAAAGUCAAGGACUUGUCAUCAUGCAGACGUCGCGCCUCAUUGGUGCGCAUGUCUGGCUUGGAAGGAAGUGAAUCACGAUGACCCAGAUGCAAAGCGCGCCCUAGCGGCGGCUGUAGACGCCAUCAACAAUUUCACUGAGCCCUACAGAUCUGACUGUGCCAAGCUAAGUGUUGGUGACGUCACGACGGUCACCAAACUGCUGGUCAGCGAUGACGUCCUCCGCUUUAACCAGACGACAGGAGACCGCGGGCUGGAACCCAUCAUGUCCGACAACUCUGUCAAGAACGAGCGGGCCAUCUACCAGCUGACGUUUUUCACAGAGCCCGGCCACGGGGAAUUCGAACUGACACUGGAGCAUCUGCUCCACAUGGACACCAUGUCUGUUAAUCCUAAGGCGAUUAGUAGGAUUAACAAGUACGGGAACGAUCCGGCUUGUAUACUUGACAAAAACAGAGACAUUAGACAAUUUUGUUAUUGCAACAGUAACUUGUCGCAACUCUAAAUUAAAAAGAUAUACACAAUCCAU